AAGAGUUAUGACUUCAAACAAUGGGCGCAGCACAAGUGAGAGCUUCAAAGCUCAAGCACUUGUUUAUAGGCAUAUGUUUAGCAUCCUAGACUCCAUGUGUCUCAAGUGGAUCAUUGACUCUCGCAUACCAAACAUAAUUCACGACCAUGGAAAACCCAUUACUCUUUUAGAAUUGGUCUCCAUUCUCAAAAUUCCAUCAACUAAAGUUGAUCGCAUUGAUGUUUUCAUGCGCUACAUGACGUAUAUUGGAUACUUUGAUAUAACAAAGGUUAGAAUUCAUGGCGACAAUGAUGGCAAUAAUCAAGAAGAAGAAAAAGAAGCAUUUGCUCUCACAGCAGCAUCUGAACUCUUGGUCAAAGGCACUGAAAACCCUUGUAUAUCUCCAAUGGUGGAGUUUGUAUUAGAUCCAGUUCAUUCAGAUUUUUUCAAUUAUCUGAGCAAGUGGUUUUCAGACGAAAAUCGCCGUCUAUACGAAAUUACUUCGGGGACACCUUGGUGGGAGUUGCUUGACAAGAAUCCAAGACUCUUGGGCUUGUUCAAUGACGCUAUGGCCGGUGAUUCUCAGAUGAUAAAACUGGCACUAAAGGAUCACAACAUGGCCUUUGAGGGGUUGGAAACAAUUGUGGAUGUUGGUGGUGGAACUGGAACCACCGCUCAAAUUUUCAGUGAGAAAUUUCCAGAACUCAAAUACAUAGUAUUUGAUCUUCCACAGGUUGUGAAAAAUUUGAAGGGAUGCAAUAAUUUGAACUUUGUUGGUGGAGACAUGUUUGAAUCCAUUCCUAAGGCUGAUGCAAUUCUACUUAAGUCAGUCUUACAUAAUUGGAGUGAUGACAAUUGCAUAAAAAUAUUGAGAAACUGUAAAGAUGCUGUUAAAGUUUUAAGCAAAGAUAGAAAAGGUAAAAUAAUAAUUUUAGAAACCGUGAUAAACGAAAAACAAGAUGAACCUGAAAUUACUCGACUCAAAUUUCUUAUGAAUAUAAAUAUGCAAAUUAUGCACGGAAAAGAGAGAAGCGAAGAAGAAUGGAAAAAUAUCUUUCAUGAAGCUGGCCUCUAUGAUUAUAAGAUAUUUUCAUUUACUGGAUAUUUAUCAUUAAUAGAAGUCUAUCCUUAAAAAUGACUUUGUAAUAGUUUAUGACUCUAUGAAUAAAAAUAAAUAUUAUGUAAAAGAAUAAAAUACACAUUUUAUGUAAUCGUGUGUAUUGGUGUUUAGAUAGUACUUUUUAUAAAUAAAAUGUUGUAAUACCAUGGUAAUAAGACUGUGAAUUUAGUGUUGAUGUAUGUUAUGAAUUAAUAAAUGUUUCCUUUUCUAAAUUAA